AUGGAGAUACGUAUGGAAACACCACAGCACGCUGCUUCCAGGAUUUCCGUUGCUCAGCUCUCAGUUCAAGCCAGAGUCCAUACUGCAAAGGGGGGCAGUUCCCUACCAGCUACUCUAAUGACCCUGCACUGGUGCUGA